AUGACCGACUCCCGCCAAUCCGACGGCGGUUGCCUUUCCGCCAUAUGCUCUUGCUUCAAGAGACGAGAGAAGCCGCGCCAUGACGUUUCCGGGUCUCCUUCGACCGGUGUUGACGUCCUACCAGCGUCAAAAUCGGCUGACGAUGGACAGCCUGAGCCUACAGACCCCAAGGUCGUACGUAGUGAUUCAGUACUAAGCGUCUCACGCGCGACAUCAUCUACUGGUAAUGCGGAUGACCCUUCACUCCUUCCUGCUUCCAAAGUUCCAGGACCAUCUGCAUUGAACGGCUCUACUUCAACCGUUGAUUUGUGGCAGGAAGCAUGCAAGAAGGUGGACGUGAAAACUCAGAUAUGGAUCGCCAGUCUUCCUCCACCGAGCAAUGUCCAGAAUCCUGCAAGUGAGUUGGCGGAGUUCGUUCGAGCUAGCGAAGAGAAACACAAGCAAGAGUCGUUGAAGCUCAAAUCCGGCGACCGAGAGAUUCUGUGGAGGGAUUAUGCGAAUAAAGUUAUCCCUGUGGUGACUGCGAUUGGAAAUAUUGCCAUCAACUUUGCCCCUGCGCCCUCUAACGCCGUGUGGUCAGCUAUCAAGGUGCUUCUGGCGGCCCACGUAUCUGAGCGUGAGGAUCUUGUGGCUAUUAUGGGAUGCACCGACAUAGUCCUCUGCCUCGUGAGGCGCGGUAGAGUGUACGAGAAGGUCUACAUUGGGAACUCCAUGUCGCCUAGGCCGCCUUAUCAGGAAGAUUUGAUGACGAAGUUGGUUGAAGUAUACGCGAAAUGCUUGGAGUUUCUUGCUUUUGUCUACGAAGAAAUGGAGCAUGGUAGUUUGCGCCGAUUCUUCGACGCGCUCGUUGACCCCGGUUAUGGCGAAAACCGGCUAUCAGCAGUGAGAGCACUUGAGCAGGAACUUGAGCUUGCAACUCGUUCUUGCAAGGCUACAGCAGAUGAUGAGCAUCGAAGAUUGCUCGAAAGUCUUGAAGAACCGAUUAAGCGUACCGACAAGAAUGUCAUGGAUAUUCUUAAAGUGCUUGAUAAGCAAGAAAGAGACAAGGCUAUGGAAUACGUCAGUGUAAUUCCAGUCGGAUCUCAUCAUAACGAAAAGGUCGAAAAAAGAACCAAGGGCACAUGCGAAUGGUUGGUCAGCCGUCCUGAAUUCCUUGAAUGGGAAGACUCUGAUUACGCUCCGGUGUUUUGGUUGCAAGGUGACAUCGGUACAGGAAAAUCGUUCCUAUCUUCAAAGGUUAUUGAUCAUUAUCGAUUUCACGACAAAUUUGCUAGUUCAUCGUCCAGUGAGCCCAGCGUGGGCCUUGCUUUCUUCUACUGCAACAGCUCUGAUCGCAAUCGGCAAAGCUAUCAAUCCAUUCUCCGAAGCUACGUCCGACAACUAGGCGAGGUGACCGGUCAUCCUGAGAGCAUUCACGAGGAAUUGUUCAAACUAUAUCAAAGUAAACAAAUUCAAAGCGACAUCACGCUCAAAGAUUGCGAGAAAGCUUUGGUCGAGAUGAUCAACAGUUAUCCUCGAACUGUUCUGAUUCUCGACGCCUUGGAUGAGUGCAAUAAAGACACGAGACGCCACAUUGUUGAGCUGUUCAAACGUCUAGUGGAGAAAACCAAUAGUCUGAAGAUAUUCAUUGCCAGCCGCCCAGAGCACGAUAUCAGUGACCAUCUGAGGUCAUUCCAAGAGCUGAGGGCGACGAUCACAAUCAAUACUUCUGAUAAUCAAGACGACAUCGAGAAGUUUGUCAAUACAGAGGUGGACAACUUCACUGUGGAUUGGAGCCCUGAAACUAAGCAGGUUGUUAAAGAGAAGCUUGCGAAGAAGAGCAAGGGAAUGUUCAGAUGGACUUACCUGCAAUGGGAACAGCUCAAGGAGUACGAGACCAAUACCACUGUCAAAGCCAGGCUUGGAGACCUUCCCAGAACUCUGACUAAAGCUUACGACGAGAUUUGCGAUAAACACGAGCCUGAGAGCUUCGAGCGUUUCAUGCUGCAGCGAGCGGUGAGAUGGGUCAUGUGCGCCCGCCAGCCGUUGGACAGUUGCGAAUUGCUGUCAGCAAUUCGAGUGGAAAGCGAACAGAUGCAUAGAGACGGCAUGAAGGCUCUCGACAAGUCAGAUCUCACCGAGAAAAUGUUGGAGACUGUCUGUCGACAUUUGAUCGUGAGGGAUCCUGAGCUCAAGGUCUGGAGGUUUUCCCAUGCAUCGGUCAGAGAAUACUUUGAAGAUAAGAAAGGAGAGCCGUGGGUCAAAGACGCGCCAGCGGAGCCAUUUGCCAACUUCGCCUUUGGCGUUGUGGCAAUGGGUCUCCAUCGAUUCCUGCCUGAGUGGUGGAACGAAGGCCUCGAUCUUCCCUCGUUGGUGAAUGAGAACGGCUUGAGCCUGCUGCAGAUUGCCACCUUUGUUGGCCACUACGACGUCUGUCAAUUCCUAAUCAGUCGGGGUUGUGACGUCAACGCAUCUUUUCACUUCCUUUACGGCCCUCCGUUGUGGAUAUCAGUAGCCCAGCGAAAGAUUGAUGUCAUGGAGCUGCUCCUCAAGAACGGUGCAAACGUGGACUGCGUCUUCAAAAAUCGAAGUCUGGCUUGUCUGGCAGCCACUGUGGGAUCUGAGUAUUGCACUGUUCUACUGAAGAAUGGCCUGGAUCCCAACACCAAAUGUCCACGCACGUGCUCCUUUGGUUGUGCCCUGUCAGCGGCUACUUGGAAGGGCGAUCUCGACGCCAUAAAAACCCUGGUUAGCGAGGGAGCAGAUGUCAAUCCGGAGAAUCUCGAAGACCUCUAUGGCUGUCCUUUGAUUAAUGCUAUAGAGAGUCAAAAUCCCGAAUGUGUUCGCCUUCUUCUAGAGCACGGAGCUGAUGUCAACGCCAUGCCGGAAGGUUGUAGAUAUGGUAGUCCAUUGGCAGCUGCUGUAUGGAGGAGAAACGUGGAUUGUGCUCGAUUACUGAUUGAAUAUGGCGCCGAUGUCAAUGCAGAUUUGACGUUUGGAAAACAUGGUAGUCCAUUGGCAGCUGCUGUAUGGAGUGGAAACGUGGAUUGUGUUCGGUUACUGAUUGAACAUGGCGCCGAAGUCAAUGCGUAUCUGGAGUUCGGAAAAUAUGGCAGUAUCCUGGAUGCUGCAAUUUUCGGGUUUGUGCCGUCUCUCGUGAUGAUCAAGUUUCUUGUUGAAGAAGCAGGGGCAGAUUUGGCUCAGCUGGCCUUUGUACGGCCCAGGAGAAAGGAAGUCGUAAUCUGGAGGAGGCAAAGUGAUCAGGAAGACGCGAAGGAUGUAGCAGCGUAUCUUAUACAGGAACUCCAGAUGGAGAGGCAAGUGUUGAUCAGCCUCGGCGUUCUCCCCAGGGAUUUACCUCCCGAUGUAGGUAAUACGGCCGACAUGGAGUAUGAAGAGUUGGAUGAUCACGAUUUGCGUUGA